CUCUGAGUCGGCACACACUUGCCUGGGUGCCCCUCAACCUCACUCCCUUUAUCCCUACAUUUUUGCUCCACUUUCCUCAUCUUUGAUUCUCAGCUUUCUGCUGGCCAGCGGAACCAGAAAGCAUGUUAACUCUACUGGUGCUCACAUCUGUGGUGCUGCUCAGUGCAGCUCCCAAGUCAGAGGCUAUAACAGUGUAUACCGGCUGGGAGAGACAUGCUGAGAUAGGCUCAGAUAUCCGGCUUUCCUGCUCUUUCUUCUCAUGGCGAUGGACCUCUGAGGAUGUCACUUUCUCCUGGAGCUACAGGCCAGAUGGGGCAAAAGACAGCAUCUCUAUCUUCCACUACACAAAUGGAGUUCCCUAUGUGGACAAUAAAGGGCCAUUUCGGGAUCGCCUGGAGUUUGUAGGCAACCCAUCUCGUCGUGAUGGCUCUAUCAUGAUCAAAAACCUGGACUUUUCUGACAAUGGAACCUUCACUUGUGAUGCCAAGAACCCUCCAGACAUAGUGGGCCGACCCUCGAGUGUACGACUUCUGGUAUUUGAAAAAGUCCCAAUCCAGGCCGGCGUGAUCACAGGUGCGAUUAUUGGUGUCGUUUUGGGUUUGCUGAUCCUGGUGGUGGCCAUCUACUAUCUGAUGCGUUUCCUGGUGGCCCGACGUGUCUUCAGCUUGAGUGUGAGCAAACAUGGCAAGAAAGGCAAAGGGAAAGAAGGAGCCCAGCAAAAACAGCCACCAAAGGUUCCUCCCGUUUACCUUUCCUUCUAAUAGCUCGUUCUCGGUCCACCCUUUUUCCAUCGCUUUCUUCUCCACUUCCUCUCCGCUGCUUUCUUGUUCUCCUUCUCCAAUUCUUUUAAUCAUCACACCUUGCAUCAUUUAACAACACACCUUCUCUCUGAUCUCUCUCUCUCUAUCUAUCUCGCUAUGGCUCUCUCUCUCUCUCUCUCUCUCUCUCUCUCUCUCUUGCGCUUUCCUUUUUUUCUUACUUUCUUUCUUUCUCCCUCACUCCUGCCAUAGUGACUCUAUCCUCCCCUCCCCACGCUCCCUUUCUCUCCCCAGGCUUCUGUCAUGGUGGAUCCUGCCAAGCAGAAGGCGCCAGCAUCUGAGAAGAAGAAGCAAGAGUCGCGCAGAGAAAAGAAAUAGGGCUUCGCAAGCAGAGAGCUAGAGCUCCAGGCACGAGUACCUGGAGAAGGCAGGAAAGACAGGAAGGACAGGGUUCUUAUGACCAUUGAGCUUGAGCUCAUUAAACAGGAGCAGACAGGAGGAGGAGAAGAGAAGCCUAAACGUAGCGCCGCUGCUCUUCUCUCCACCCUGUCCAAGCUCUCAAACAAAAUCACUCUUGGCUGAGCGAGUGUGGGAUGCAGGAGGCGUGUGGAGGAGAGGCCUUAAAGAGGAGCAUUUGGGAAGAUGAGUAGUCCCCCAUUCGUAAAUUCAUUUUAAAGUGCACAUCUGUGGUGUAGUCACACUACACUUCACAGUGUAGCUUAGGACACACAGGAGCCAUUGAAUACUCCCUGUGCCACUGAUUUUUUAUGACCCCCUGAAUAAACCCCAUUUGGCAUCAAUAAUGAAAAACCCAUAAACAUUACAGGCUGUUGCUUUAAAUAUUUAGGACGAGAGCUAAAUGCUCUCACAAUUCUCUUCUUGUUUGUAACACACACACACACACACACACACACACAAACACACACACGCACUCACAUGCACACACCAUCCUGAGGUGGCUAAACAGUGACACACACAGCAUUAUUUUGCUAUCUCUCUCACUAUCCAACAUGCCCAUACUCCCUCCGUGGAUAAUGUGCAGUGUGAGGACCAUCUCACACCACAUCGUGUGCACACACAAUCGCAGACAUACACCACAUUUCAUUUAGUUUGUCUGAUUUUUUCUGUUUUAUCCCUUUUCCAAUGACAUUGUGCUGACGGCAGAGAUAUCGAAAAGAAAUACAGCCAAACUUAUUAGGUAAUGGGCCACUUUAGCACUGGAUUCAAGCCAUUAUUUAAUCAGAUGUAGAAGUUUCUCUGUAAACAGCGUAAAAGUAAUGAUGAUUGUGGACAAGUACAUUUGGCUUUGCCAAUGCCUUUUACCUUGAAGUCAGAUCCUCCAGGAUAUUUAUAAAGCACAAGAAUAUCGACAUAGAAAACAAAAUGGGAGAUAUUUUUACAGAUUAUUCUAAGUGUACUGUAUACUGGUGCUUGGAACCUUUAUUAAUAUUACAUCAGAAAUGUGGCUCCAUUUUAAUUUAAAACAGUGCCUUCCUAUUGGCCAGAUUAAAUCAUUGUCAGGAUAUUUAAUUUCGCUAGUUAUUUGCCAAUAAUCUUUAGAACCUACUGCACCAUUCAGGGUUUUUAAUUAAGUUCACCAUUAUGAAAAGGUACUGUAAUCAAAUCUGUUUUACUGGUAUAGAAAAAGCACUUUGCACUAAAGCACAUUAUUAUUAUUAUUAUUGGUAGCACCAGCACUUUGUUGAGGGAAAAGGUCUGUUUCUGUCCUUGGAAAUCUGCCUGGAAUCUCUGCUUUAACUGUUCCUUCGUUUUUUCUCUUCUCCCCUCCCUCUUUUUGUGCUCUGUCCUGUCUUCUUCUCUUUUCCUUCGUUUCCUGAUUUUCUCUCAUUCACUUCAUAAUGUCAUAAUCACUUGAUCCACUGGUGCUAUGGCAUCACUUCAUGUUUUACUAUAUAUAUAUAUAGGCUGGCCCUUCAAAGUAGCCACGCCUACCCUUUUAUUAAUAUUCAUUGCUUAAGGGCUAAACAAAGAACAUGAUGCAGACACAGAUACAUGAUCCAAUUCUAGAAAUCAGAAUCAAAGAUAAAGCACUGUCGUCUCAGACUUACACAUACCCAGAGCAUUGUUCCUCACCGUGUAGGCUCGGGGCUACUAGCACCCCCUGGAGGGCGACCUAGCGGCGUCUCAACGAAAUCCCCAGCAUAGACACAAAUCUCUAAAUAUGUCCAGGAAAAAUUUUUUUGUAAUGAUAAACAUGUUGUGUUUUAUAGAUCUUUACUACUUAAUGGAACUGCUCUAAUUUUUGCCUAGAGGUCAGCUACAGUACAGUAUGUGUCAGUAACAUGCUCAUAAAACUAUAAGAAAAAAUAUUUCUAUCUAUUCAUCAUUUAAAUUGUUGCCCCUCAUUCCUUUUUUUUUUCUCGGUUGGUUGGAUCAUUCUCAGAAAUAUAGUGAAGAACACUGCUCUAUUACAUUGUCCAUCCGCAGGGCAAAUUUUAAAUCCAUGUCGCGUUCAGGUGCUGCACCCAUGACUGUGUGCAUGAGUGUGUGCUUGCAUGUGUGUGUUGCUUUGACUGUAGUGACUGAAACCCUCAGAAUGAAGUUGAUACCGCGGGCAAAGCAUACACACAAAUAUGCACGCACACACACACACACACACAAACACAAACACACACAAAGAGAGUGGGGACUGCAACAGAGUGACUUCAUAAAAUGACAAAAACUAUGUUAAUUCGAAUCGAAUCAGCCUAAUCAUUUGGCUCCCCACACUCUCUCUCUGUCUGUCUGUCUCCUCUAUUUAUUUUCAUUCUCUUUUUUUCAAUGACUCAGUCUUCUUUGACCUGAGGUGAGUGUUUCAUUUUUUUCCUCGUUCCCCACAAAACAUAGCACACCAUUUCAAACUACCAUGCUGUAUUUCCAUUACUCUUCCUUUCAUAAAACCUCCAUUCUUCCACUCCUUUACCGUCUUUCAUGCAUCUCUCGCUCCUGUUGGCUUGAACAAUACUCUGUUCAUUCCUGCCACCUCCUGCCCACAACAAGGAAACUCUUGUUUGGCGUCCUGUCGACGCCAAAGCAAAAAAUGUUAAUAUAGAUACCUAGCUCUCUGCUGCCUGCGAAAGAUGAAUUUCUUUUCCCAUGUCUGUGUGUGUAUUUUUAGUGCAACAACAUGUCUGUAACCUGUCAAGAUGUUAAGAGAACAAACGAUUGAAACCAAAAAACAAAAAAGGAUUAUGUCUUUGUACGUACCUAAUGCUAGUUAUGACAUGCCGUGCAAUAGUUUACUGGACCUGUGUGGGAAACAGAAAUGUAAUUUGUAUUUAAUGAUAUUUAUAUAUGUAUUUUUCACUGACAUCAUAGAAUUCAUAUGGGUUUUUUUUUUUGUCACAGUCUUAGUAUUCUCAGUUAUAGGAAGUAAUGGUGUGGAAACCAGCAAGACAGGAAGUCAUUAAGUUAGCGAUUGCAUAAAAUGUUAUAACCUGCAUACAAUAUUUAUAAUCUGGAGCAAGGACUUGGGGGGAAUUCACAUCGGAGUGAAACGUCAAGCCAAAGUCCGCUGAACAUCACAAUCAAGCAAGAGAUGAUUCUCCCACCAAGUCUUCGUCCCUCAAACACACUGUGAGCUAUGGAUAGGCUUGGAUUCUGAACGCUGUCAGGGUUAAGUGUGUAAGUCACGAUUGAGUGUGUAACAACUGUAAAGUGCGUCUAGGAUGUGAAGGGUUGCUACACACUUGAUUGAAAGUCAGAUGCUUUUUAUGUCUUUCUGAACAGAUAUGGAACAGCCACCUGCUUCCCUCCAUUAAACCUGCAUUAAAAUAUGGAAUCAUUUCCAUGGUGUAUGUAUCAUGUACUUGUAUAUGUAUUAGUAAGGUCUUCUGAUAACUCUCCCUGUCCUCGAAAGUGUUUAAAAGUUUCUAAUCCUUUAUGUAUUUAAUUUGGUGUUAACCUCACUAGGCUAUUAGAGUUUUUUGUUAUGUAAAAUGUAUUGUAAAAAGGAAAUAAAGCUUGAGUUAAAAUCAGUCAUUUAAGAAACAUAAAUAAACUCAGAGGUCAUUUGUGACAA